AUGCGUGACAAUGCUGUGGCCACAUCGAUCGAGACGAAAAACCAAUGCUUAUUCGAGAGUUUUGCAAACUCGCAUCAUCCCACCUAUGGACUCGGUACAAUGUCCGGCAACAUCUACGACACUGCAUGGGUCUCACUUGUCAGAAAGCCGACCGAGGAAGGUGCAACAAUCUGGGCGUUUCCGGAAGCCUUUUCGACUCUUCUGCAGCUCCAAGAGCUUGAUGGUUCGUGGGGUAGUUCCAUCGCCAGAUUAGAUACCAUUGCCAACACUUUGGCGGCUCUCCUGGCCCUGCAAAGGCACGCCGCAAAUCAAGGGGAGGUCGAUGCACAGGAGCUCAACUCACUGAUCCUCAAAGCAAAACGAUUUCUCGAUGCGGCUUUGCAAGAUCUCAACGAGCUGACAGUCACAUGCAUUCUACCCGUGAGCUUCGAACUACGACUCCCGGCCAUGCUGGACCUGCUGGAGGCAGAGGGUCACACCUUUGACUUCAACCGGACGAACCUCGUCAAGCUGCAGGCAAAGAAACUGUCCAAGAUUAAUCUGGAUCUCAUCUUCAGCGGUCCGCAGUCCUCCCUUUUGCACUCGUUAGAAGCUCUGGUCGAAAAGAUCGACUUCGGUGGGCUAGCCCGGCACAAAGUCCUGGGCAGCAUGCUGGGCUCACCAUCUGCGACAUCUGCAUAUUUGAUGUAUAGCCCCGUAUGGGAUAACGAGGCCGAGGAUUAUAUUCGGCGCGCGAUCUCCAACGGCGUGGGUCUGGGAUCGGGACUAGUGGCAGCUGGGUAUCCGACCACGGUGUUUGAGUGGGCGUGGGUGACCACGAAUCUGCUGCGCAACGGUAUUGCGCCCGCCGCUGAUCUACAGCGGACUGGCGAGUCGAUUGAAGCAGAAAUCAAACAACACGGACUCGUAGGCUUCGUCCCCAAAGCAUGCCCUGAUGCCGAUGACACCGCUAAGGCCUUGGUCGCUCUGAUGCUCCAAGGAAAGCACUACUCACCGCAAGUAUUGGUCGAUCGAUUUGAACGUGAAACUCAUUUCGCAACGUACUCAUACGAGACGCACAAGAGCAUCAGCACCAAUGCCAACGUCCUAACCGCUCUGGUGCUGCUCUCCACCGAUGACCGCUACCAGCCUCAAAUUGAGAAGUGUGUUCGCUACCUGUGCGAAGAAUGGUUCAAGUGCGAUCGGAUGCCUCGUGAUAAAUGGAACAUCUCAUCGUUUUACCCGACGAUGCUGAUGUGCGAAGCCCUGAUGUCUUACCUGCAGCGCUGGAGUGCCGGCGACCUAGCUGCCUUGCCCGAUGAUCUGAUGAAAUUCCACAUCCCGAUCACGCUGUUCCAGGCUGUGAUCCGAACGCUCCGCACUCAGAAUCAGGACGGGUCCUGGGGCAGCGCAGCCUCUGCGGAAGAGACGGCCUAUGGUCUCCUUAUACUGAAGAGCGUGGCAUCUUUUAGUUUGACUGAGAGGAUCUCCAGCGAGCUCAAUGAUGCCGUCAGGCGAGGCAUUGGGUUUAUCCUAUCCAGAGACAAGCGCUGCUCGACAGACGAUCAGCUUUGGCUAGACAAGACCUUGUAUGCCAUUCCAACGGUGUCAGACUCGUACAUCAUGGCAGCCGUGACAGCUGGGAACACUGAGACCCCUGGCAACAAAGUUGCCGUAAUACCAUCAUUGCUCGUUGGCAUUCCGGCUGCCACGGUGCGCAAAAUGACUGAAUUCUUCGCGCGAUUGCCGUCGCAGAUGAAAACGCCACAGUGGGUGGUUGAGGCGUCCGUGGUCGAAGCUCUCCUGUUCAGCUACAAGCUGAAGGACCUGGAUGUAUUCUCCACCGGCAACGCUCUUGGCGAGAAAUACAUCAAGUUCGCUGCCUGUUUUUGGACGUUGGCCAAUAAUUCCCGCCCUGAGUAUCUGUUGAGCACCCGCAUCGUCUACAGUAUGGUCGAACUUUCCGUUGGGAUUUUCCAGGAGGAUGACUUGAUGGAAAGGGAUCUGGUGGCUCUGCCUGAGUCGGCCUCUGAGACCAUAGUUGACUACAUUGAGCAGCUGUGCCAUGGCACAAAUGGUCUUUGCCAAGAUCGCUCCUCUCACGCUAGACCUACCCCUGAAACGAAUGGGAAGUCCAGAAGUGUACUCAGCAAUGUCCAGCACAACCUGGCUAUCUGGUUCCGCUUUGUUCUGGACGUGAACCUCGCCACGACCAAGCCAAGUCCUGCUGAUCGACGCGAUCUGCGACAAGAGGUCAGCUUGGCGACGAUGGCUGCCAUACAACAAGCCAAAGCGCAUAGAUCGCUCAGCAUCAAUACCACAAACGGUCAUGACCAGAAGCAUCCAGACAGCCGCGAGUCUGCCACCACCCCUGUGACGAGCGGCCAGAGCUUUUUCACCUGGCUACACACCUCUGCCGUACACGACGUCAAGAGUGCAGUGGUCUCCAAGUCCCUGGUGUGUAAGCUUGGGUCCGAAGAAAAGGGGGAUGUCUUCCCCACUGUCCGAGAAAAGUACCUGGCCGCGAAGCUGUGGCGGCAGAUCUCGGUGGAAGGCAGGCUGUGGAAUGACCUGGGUAGCAUCGAGCGCGACCGCCGCGCCGCAAACCUCAACUCACUCGACUUUCCGGAGUUCUCGUCGCCGCAAAGCCUGCAGGCUGACGGAGAUGUGCAGACGCAGUUGCGGCUGCUGGCUGAGUACGAACACGGCUGUACGGUACGAUGCCUGGAGGACUUGGUGCAGAUCUUGGAGGUUUCCGGUCGUCGCCGGCUGUCGCUCUACCUACAGAUGUAUUACCUGUGCUGUGAAAUAUAUUCGGAGACGUGUGUGAUGUAUCAGUUUGGGUCUACCACGGUGAUGUGA